AGAUGGCGGCGGAGGGGGAGCGGUUGACCUUGGUUGACGGAGAUGUGGAGCGGCUCGAUUUCUUACGGGACCGGCAUGUCCGAUUCUUCCAGCGCUGUCUCCAGGUGUUGCCCGAGCGCUAUUCUUCCCUCGAAACGAGCAGGUUGACAAUUGCAUUUUUUGCACUCUCUGGGCUGGAUAUGUUGGAUUCAUUAGAUGUGGUGAACAAAGAUGAUAUCAUAGAAUGGAUUUACUCCCUGCAGGUUCUUCCCACAGAAGACAGAUCAAAUUUAAACCGCUGUGGUUUCCGAGGUUCUUCAUACCUGGGAAUUCCAUUCAAUCCAUCUAAGGAUCUUGGCAUAGCUCAUCCUUAUGACAGUGGACAUAUAGCAAUGACUUAUACUGGUCUCUCAUGCUUAGUUAUUCUUGGAGAUGAUUUAAGCAGAGUAAAUAAAGAAGCAUGCUUAGCAGGGUUGAGAGCACUUCAGCUGGAAGAUGGAAGUUUUUGUGCUAUACCUGAAGGUAGUGAGAAUGACAUGAGGUUUGUCUACUGUGCUUCCUGUAUUUGCUAUAUGCUCAACAAUUGGUCAGGCAUGGACAUGAAGAAAGCCAUAGACUAUAUUAGAAGAAGUAUGUCUUAUGACAAUGGACUAGCGCAGGGAGCUGGACUAGAAUCUCAUGGAGGAUCAACUUUUUGUGGCAUUGCAUCAUUAUGUCUGAUGGAUAAAUUAGAAGAAGUUUUUUCUGAAAAAGAAUUAAACAGGAUAAAGAGAUGGUGCAUAAUGAGGCAACAAACUGGUUAUCAUGGACGACCCAAUAAGCCUGUAGACACCUGCUAUUCUUUUUGGGUGGGAGCAACUUUAAAGUUGCUGAAAAUAUUCCAAUAUACAAACUUUGAGAAAAACAGAAAUUAUAUCUUAUCAACUCAAGAUCGACUUGUAGGUGGAUUUGCCAAGUGGCCAGAUAGUCAUCCAGAUGCUUUGCAUGCAUACUUUGGAAUCUGUGGUCUGUCACUGAUGGAGGAAAGUGGAAUUUGCAAAGUUCAUCCCGCCCUGAAUAUAAGCACACGGACUUCUGAACGCCUUCAGGAUCUCCAUCAGAGCUGGAAAACCAAGGACUCUAAACAGUGUUCAGAGAAUAUGUAUAUUUCCACGUGACUGAUUUGGGUUUUAUGGGAGGGGAAUAGGGUCAAUAAUUGAUAGCAUAAUAUUAGACUAAGGCUAAAAGCCAUGCAUAACCAAGUGUGCUAUUUUUUUUUAAAGGAUAGAGUCAUACAAUCAAUCUUAUGCUGGUGUCACUUUGGAAAUGUAGUCUUGAGCAUAGCCCUUUGCACUGUGAUUCAAGAGUGUUUCAUUUGUGUUGAAGUUUGCCACUGUAGAAUCUGAUGCUUCUUCAAGUGGCUUAUAUUUCUUAGAAAUCCCUUGAAGCAAAUGAACUAUAUAUGUAUUUGUUAAAUUUUUUUUAGAAGUUUUCAAUACAAACCAGGUCAAAGUGCAUUGAUCAAAAAGUAUCUUUAAAACAAGUUUACACUUCAUUUAACACUGACAACCUUUCGGAGACUACUUAAUGGCCUUUUGCAAACUUGAUUUACCUGUAAUAUAUAGAUGGGUUUGGGGAUAGAUUAGUUUCUGGGAAUUAUUCUUUGAAAGCAGUUUCCAAAUUUUUUUAAAUGAAAUAUUCUGUCUUUUCCUUAAGUUGGUGUGCCAUUUAAAAUUAUAGGUCCUACUUAAAGAAACUCAGUAAUAAUUUUGUACCAAGAGGAAGUAGGCUCAUUAAUUAUAGUGAAAGCUUUUUUAAAAGAUAUUAUUAAAUAAAAUAAUGAAGUGUUUAAUUGAACCACAGUAGAGUAAGAGGGUAAUAUAAAUUGAACCAUAUGCAGCUGUGAGAGAGGUUUGUGCUAAGCAUAAUUUUUUUAGGUAGUUUUGCUAGGGUGGGGUAUAGUUAGUGUGUGGAAGAAUUCCCAUUUAUUUUUGGUUUCAGUUUCAAAAUAUUUGUUCCUUUUUGCCUUUCUGGGAGAAUGGCACAACCAUCUUAGAAAACUAAGGUUUUAAAGUAACUCAGUAAUAGUUUUAAAAAAUGUAAUAAUGUUAUACUUGAAAUUCAAAAUUUUAUGAUUGUGAUAUUUUUGGCCGCUUGGGUUUUUGUUGAUAUUUUGCCUCUAAUCUAUCUGUGAGCAGCAAAUGGUGCUUUCCUGGUUUAACUAAUCCAUUACUUAAGCAAGUUGAAACCUGCAUUCAGGAAUAUAAUUAACACUUUAUAAGAGCACAUAUAUAUAUAAACAGUGGCAUCUGGCAUGAUGUUUAGAGCACUCGACCUGGAGUUGGGAAGAUGAGUUCAAAUCCAGCCUCAGACACUUAGCUGUGUGACCUUGGGCAAGUCACUUAAU